CUGAUUUAGAACUCUUCUAACGCGAAGAUAGAUAAUGUCCGAGAAACGAAAAAUGGAAACAGAAGUGAUCAAAACAGAGGAAAAAUCCAAUUCUGAGGAAGUCAAACAAGACUCAAAACAGCCAUCAGAUCCUGGGGGAGACGAAACCAAGGAAACAAAUUCAAACAUUGAGGAAAACCACAGUAGUACAAAUUCAGAUUCCACAAAACCCGGUGAUCAGGAUCCUGUAGAAACAGUAGACUUUAAAAUUGUGUACAAUAAACAAAAGUAUGAUGUAACAUUUCCCACCAAUGACACUAUAGCUAAGUUAAAGGCUCAUAUACAAACACUGACAGGAGUGCCAUCAGCAAUGCAGAAAAUUAUGUAUAAAGGUCUUGCAAAAGAUGAAUCCACACUUAAGGAAUUAAAAGUAACUAAAGGUGCCAAGAUAAUGGUCGUAGGAUCGACGUUAAAUGACGUGCUCUCUGUCAGUAAACCCUCCCCCAAAGAACUCCAAGAGUCCGGUAAAUCCGCGGCCGUCACAAAGGAACCUCUCUCCACACAGAAGGAACAUAAAAGAGUGCUAGAUAAGUAUGGUAAACCAGACGAUGUACCUGUUGGUAUCAGGAAUUUAAAGGAACCAUUACCCCAUACCCCUAUAUCAGGGAUGUACAACAAGUCGGGGGGCAAGGUCAGACUGACCUUCAAACUGGAGGUCGACCAGCUAUGGCUGGGAACAAAAGAAAGAACUGAAAAAAUUCCAAUGAAUUCCAUUAAAGCUGUAGUCAGUGAAGCCAUAAAAGAUCAUGAAGAAUAUCACAUGCUGGGUAUACAGCUAGGUCCUACAGAGGCCUCACGAUACUGGAUAUACUGGGUACCAGCACAGUAUGUAGAUGCAAUCAAGGACACAAUCCUUGGAAAGUGGCAAUACUUCUGACCCUUGCUCAUGUCACUCGGCAGUGGGUCUUGUGCUUUCCUUCCAAACAGCUCAAAUGUGCAUGAUUAUUAAAAUGAAAUGUAGAAUCUAUUUUACCAGGUUUUUGUGAAUCUGCAAAGGCAAUGAAAUAGCAUAAAAUGUUUUAAUUGCUUGAGGAUUUAUUGAUGCCUGGUAAUUUAUUUAAUGCUGAAUGACCAGAUAACAGUCUCAUUUGUUGUGAUAUUAUAGGGUUAUGUUUGUUGGCAUUAGAUGUUGGGGAUCAUUUGAAUGUGGUGGAAGAAUGCUUUUUUUUUUAAAACUUACUUCAUCAUGAUAAUUUCAUAUACAUCCAUCUCUUUUCCUUUAGAAAAAUAAUUCAUUCCAAAUAUCUUUCUGUAUUUAACAUGAUUCCUAUGCUACUGUAGAAGUUUUCCUCAGAGAAUAAUACUUCUCCUAAGUAGAACAGUUGUGAUAGCAUUGUUUGACCUUACCAUAGGAAGACAAGAAAGUCAAUCUCUAUUUGUACCCUCUGCUUUCUUUCUGUGUACAAGAAGUUUAAUUUUGAUUUCAAGAAAAUUCUUGCAUUAAAUUAAGCAAAGCCA